GCGUCCGGCCGGAGGUCCGCGUGGUCAGGUGAUCUCCGGCCGAGGCGGCCGCCGCCCCCUGCAGCAGCGGAGAGCGCAGAAUGGCCCUCGGGGGCGUUGAGGGGCCGGGGGCCCGCCGCACCCCUGCCCCAAAGCCCGCGGGCCGCAGCGCCGCGCUGGGUCCCCGUGCAGCCCCCUCCCGCCCGUCGGCGGGGGCCCCGGCCUGAGCCCUGCGCCCGUGCCCGCGUCCCGCGCCCACAUGGGUCUGUGCUACAGCCUCCGGCCGCUGCUCUUCGGGGACCCGGAGCCGCCCGCGGAGGGCGAGCGGUCCGGCCCGGACCCGACCCCGGACCGGCCCCUGACCCGGACCCCAGCGGGAGCAGGGACAGCGCGAGACCCGCCGCAGGAAAGGCGGCGGUACACGGAACGGCUGCUCGCGGAGGAGCGCGAGGCCCGGCGGGUCAGCAGGAGCAUCGACCGGAGGCUCCGCGAGCAGAAGCGCGACCUGCGGCGGACGCACCGGCUGCUGCUGCUCGGCGCUGGUGAGUCUGGGAAAAGCACGAUCGUCAAACAGAUGAGGAUCCUGCACGUGAACGGAUUUAAUCCCGAGGAAAAGAAACAGAAAAUCCUGGACAUCAGGAAGAACGUGAAGGACGCUAUUGUGACAAUUGUUUCAGCAAUGAGCACUAUAAUUCCGCCGGUCCCGCUGGCCAACCCAGAAAACCAGUUUCGGUCAGACUAUAUCAAGAGCAUAGCCCCCAUCACUGACUUUGAAUAUUCCCAGGAAUUCUUCGAUCACGUGAAGAAACUGUGGGAUGACGAAGGCGUGAAGGCGUGCUUUGAGAGGUCCAACGAGUACCAGCUCAUCGACUGCGCUCAGUACUUCCUGGAGAGAAUCGACAGCGUCAGCCUGGUGGACUACACGCCCACCGACCAGGACCUUCUCAGGUGCAGAGUUCUGACGUCAGGGAUUUUUGAGACUCGAUUCCAAGUGGAUAAAGUCAACUUUCACAUGUUUGAUGUCGGAGGCCAGAGGGACGAGAGAAGAAAAUGGAUUCAGUGCUUCAACGAUGUCACCGCCAUCAUCUACGUGGCGGCCUGCAGCAGCUACAACAUGGUCAUCCGCGAGGACAACAACACCAACAGGCUGCGCGAGUCCCUGGACCUCUUCGAAAGCAUCUGGAACAACAGGUGGUUACGGACCAUCUCCAUCAUCUUGUUCUUGAACAAGCAGGACAUGCUGGCGGAAAAAGUCUUGGCAGGGAAAUCAAAAAUCGAAGAUUAUUUUCCAGAGUAUGCAAAUUACACUGUUCCUGAAGACGCGACACCAGAUGCAGGAGAAGAUCCCAAAGUCACAAGAGCUAAAUUCUUCAUCCGCGACCUGUUCCUGAGGAUCAGCACGGCCACGGGGGACGGCAAGCACUACUGCUACCCCCACUUCACGUGCGCCGUGGACACGGAGAACAUCCGCCGCGUCUUCAACGACUGCAGGGACAUCAUCCAGAGGAUGCACCUGAAGCAGUACGAGCUGCUGUGAGCCCCGCCCCUCCCCCGGGGCGGAGCAGUGAGUUUCCCCAGCCCCGCCCCUGGGGCUCGGGUCCCCGCCCCGCUGGCCACGCCCCCCCCCGCGUGGCUGCAGACCCCCGCCCUCCCGGGGGUGGCACUUGGGGAGGCACCCGGGCGGACGUGGGGAGUGGCCGACGCGUGGGGGCCGCCCUCCUGCCCGCCUUGGCCCACGACCUGGCCCAGACCCUUCGGCCGCCGAGGGGACAGGGCCCGUUCAGGCCCAUCUCCAGUGGCGGCCGGCCUCUCACAGAGACCCCACGUGCGCUCGGGCCGCGGUCGGGCUCCAGGGGUCCCUGGACUCACCUGCUCGGGCACGGGCUCCUUCCCCAGGUUCCUUCUGUUGUUUUAUUGCUGGUUUAUUAUACUGUACAGACCACAGAAUCUAAUACUAUUUUGUACAACUACUCAAGGAAAUCCCUGUAGAGCUCUGUGCCUUGGUAACGGCUACCCCCAUAGAACAAAUGUGUUUUUGUUGUGCUGAACAGCUGUCAACAUUCCCUGCCGCUUGCUCUGAAAACAGGAAUGAAUGGUGUAUUAGAAUUUAGGACACUUUACCAGUUUGGUACUUUUUACAAUACUUCUGGAUAAAAAAUAUAUGCCCAUAUAAAUUUAUAUAAAUAUAAACUAUACACGUAGUCACCCGCACCUCACAAAACGCUGCACCCACGCCACAGCUUCUUCCAGGGACCCAGGGGUGGUAUUUUUCUCUAGACAAUGUGUCUCCAUUAUUUCGCUCUUUGAAAACUGUUAGUCAAAGCUUUAGAACCACUUACUUGACCCCAGGUUCCAUCGUAAACAAAUAGCAGGAAAAAGACAAGGGUUCAGGCUUGUGCCUGGCCGUGGAGAAUCGAAGGAGGGACUCUUACUUGCCUUUUGAAGAAGAAACAUUACAAAACCUUUACUGAAAUACCAAGUCAAAAUACAUGGCUAUUUCUCAAACUUGAGAGAUUUGCAGAUGCAGCCUCGCAAGAUGGCUCCAGUACGAGACCCAGAAAGCCCCUCAUGCUUGGCCACGGCCCUGAGGGUGGCUUCCCCAGGUCAGGCAGUCUGUGAAGAUGUCCGAGGUUCUACUCCAACCACACAAAGCAGAGAGGAGGCAGCCCAGCCUACGUGACUUCAUCGACUUCAUUUAGUCUUUGAUAGUUUCAAGUUUGCUCUGUAAACCAGCAUCUUGUAAUCCUCUGUAAACUCAUCCACGGCUAAAUACGACUUUUACACAAAAUACAGGAUGGCGACGUCAAAGACAACACACCAUCACGUUUUUUAUCUCAUUAUCACCCAGUUCCUGCCUCUCCCAUCCUUGCCUGUUUCAUAAAACUCUCAGGUGAACGGAGACAGAUGAAGUAGAAAUGAUUUUCCAUUUCCAUUGCAUUUUCGAAGUAAAACAUGAAGAAAACAUGAAGAGAUACAACCCAACACAUAUACACAAAAAACAAGAGUUGUAUGUUGUUCUCCGCAUCACUCAGCAAUCCCCUGUAAGUGAACUUCCUAUUUAAAGGUCUGACUGAGGAGCCAGACUCUCAAGGAAAAAAUGCAAAAAGAAUCCACUUUACCUGGCUUAAAAUUACCAAGGCAUACUUGUUUUUAAACACCAAAUGCCUCUUCCUGGAGGCUACUUUUCAAGUUUCUUUUGCUCACUGACGGGCUUUUGAUCCUGAUUUAACAGUCGGGUCUGCUGGAGAGAAAAUGACACUCAUCUAAAAACCCGAUUCCAACCAGUUAGCGCGGACACACAGGAGUCUGCGGGAACAGCUAUUCCUGCUUGUAGCAUCUGGGUUUAUUUGAAGCAUCUGACUAGCACAGGUAGGAACUUGAGAACCACCCGCAGGACCACUGGUGGUGUCACCUCACCCCAAGCCUGCCGGUGCUGACUGGGGAACGCAGGCUGUCGCAUGCACGCCAGUGACGCCCGCAGCUUCUGCGAGCUGUAGAUACAAUCCGUGAUUACACACAUCUUUGAUGAAGUGAGAAAACAGACUCUGGAGAGUGCACGCUCCAUUGUGACAGCAUGGGAACAGCACCAGCAGCUCACCCUCACCCCGCGGGGAUCGGCCCAGGGGUCUAGCUCCCAAGCAGCGCUCAGUCUCACUCGCUGGAGCACCGCCCGCAGGUCAGCUCCUCUGGUCUUGAUGCCUGUUACUCACGUGGUCUUAAAUUUUCUGAGCAGGUUCCAACCCACGUGCAAAGGUGAGGCCAGCAGCCUCAUGUGGACUAGCGUGAGGACCACGAGGCACCCGGCCGCUCCGCAGUACGUGGUCAGGACUGUGUCCUCGCGGGGCAGGGGGCACUUGGCCAGGACGUAGUCUGUGGGCGUAAAGCUGCCCUGGGAAGGAAGCGAGGACAGGCAGGCAGCCGGGCCUUCAGACCAAGGGCACGGGCUCCAGCCCACACCACCCCGACCCCAAGCCCUGGGCCUGAGUGUGCUGAGUGCAGGUGGUCCGGGAGCUGACCCCCCUCAAUGAAGCUAGCUCCUGGUUCCUCCGAAACCCGGGGACAGGCAAGAGAGGGGAUCAGAGAGGCAGGGGACUUAGAUCAACGGUCAACAAGGAGCAGGCAGGGCAUGGCAGCUUUUCAUGCCACUCGAUGCUGGAAUGCGUGUGCUGGGGGCAGCCUGGUGGGCAGUGUAUUUUGGUGGACACUCUUGCCGUGCGGAGUGACAGUGGGGAAUGUUCACUGACUCUGAAUUUGGAAACAGGAGGUUUCCCCCAUCUUUUUAUGAAGUAAAGGCACCUGACAUAAAAGCACUGUGACCCGGAUGCUGGACUCCUGGGUCAGAGAGAAGAGCCGAUCCACAGGGGGUCACUAGUUACCAUCUGCAGUAAACAAGCAAGGGCUGGCCCAUUUUUCUGCUGGAGCAAAUGGGCAUAUUUGGAAGCUAAGGCGAGGUGACUGGGUGCAGCGAAUGAAGGAAAAUGACCCUGCUUCCUUGGAGAAUUGAACAGGCUGAGCUGGCACUGCCGUCCCUGCAGGGUAAGACACUGUGAGGUCCCCCCCCGGAACAACCAUCCCCAGAGAGGUGUCCACGCUGGUGUGUCUGGGGAGAGGGGCGCUUGCGUGCGGCUUUUGUGUAUUUCCACAGAUUGCAGUAAGUACAUAGUUGAUCGCUGUGUUGAUUUAAAUACGUACGGAAGCUUUGAGACGAAAAUAAAUGUUCACCUACCAUGAUGAAA